GCAAUUUAAUUCGUACUAAGACGUCACGCGUUCUCCAACCAUCCUACACAUUCCACGUCCACCAACAAUGGCGACACAGGCACCAAUCGAGGUGCGCCUGCACCGAAAAGGCGCAGAAUGGACCAACGCCUUCCAAAAGACCACCAAUAUUAUGGUCCCAGCCUUCUAUAAUGACCCCCUUUUCGCGUGGAUCUUCCUGGAAUCCAAUGAUGAGGAGCGUCACAAAAAGCUCUGGGCCAUGAUCCGCUCCGUCGUCCGCUCGUCCUUUGAAUGCGGCGGCUUCGUCCUCGAUGCCCGCGACUGGGGCUCCGUCAUGGCCGUGUCAGAGCCGGGGCAAAAGUACGACGGUCUCGGCACCAUUUGGCGGUCUGACGGUAUCUCAGCGACUCUUUCUGGGGGGAUUAAACCUACAAUUCGCCUACUAUUCAGCUACCUAGGAGCCGUGGACAAGGUCAAGGCAACCGUCCUCCCGGGCCCAAAGCUUCGUGACUGCUUCUACGUCCUUAUCACCGCGACUGACCCUUCGCACCGCAAGCAAGGACUCCUAGCAGCCAUGGUGGAGAGGCUCCUGGAUGAAGCACGGAAGGUCAACAAGCCGAUCUGGCUCGAGGCGACAACCAAGUACUCAGCGCAACAGUUUACGCGUUUUGGGUUCGAGACGGUUGAUGAGAUCACCUUAGGCAAGGGUAAGGUCAAUGCAAAGGGUACGAAGCAGAGUGGCGGUGAAGGUGUCACUGUCACUGCUAUGAUUUGGUGGCCGGAGAAGCCAGUCCAGCAGGAGACAAAAUAGAAGCAAACGCGUAGACGGGAUACAUCAAUUUGUGAUGCCAACAAAAAAGGAACUAGGUUGACGAUGAUUUAAUAUGGUUCAAAAUUUGGUACUGCCCACCUUGAAUACUCUCCGUACAUAACGCAGAGACUUACUACCUAAAAUAUAUAUCUAUAAUCAC